AUGAACGGUUUGAGAUUAUUCAGACGGUUAGCCAGCUCUGUGUCGCGCUCCAUCAAGAACGAACGUGCCAUCGUUGUCACUGAUGAUGCGUCAACCAUAGUGUGUUAUCAUCCAGAGAGUUCUUUCCCGUACGAGUGCACUAAACCACUACCAGUCAACAAAGUGCAGGACAACUCAGUGUUAAGAGUUCAAAACAAAGACUUUGUGCAUGAAGUAUUCAGCAAGCCCAAUAAUGAAAUAGUGCAACAAGAACUUAUGAAAAUGACGUACACCACCAAACACCGUUGGGUGCCACCCAAAAAAUGGAAAAGAAACUUUGCUCAUCAAAAACUUGUAGACAGAGAAUAUUUAUAA